CUGGAGCGGGUGCUGAUGCUCGUCGGUCUGCUGUGUGCUGCCCUGCAUGGGAUAGCUCUGCCUCUCAUGUGUGUGGUGUUUGGACAAAUGACUGAUAGUUUUGUGCUCAGUGGACAGCAGCUCCUCAACGCAACUUACAACUUAACCGUUGAUGCACUGAAUUCAUCAAUUAACUCAUCAGAGUGCGCUGUCAUAUCUGGAAUAGAGGACGCAAUGACAACGCAUGCAUAUUAUUUCGUUGGAAUUGGAGCUGCGGUGUUACUGCUGGGGACCUUCCAAGUUAUGCUAUUUUUGUUGACAGCAGCCAAACAGACCAAACGCAUUCGUGAAAAAUACUUUCAUGCCAUCCUCCACCAGUCAAUGGCAUGGUUUGAUACCCAUCAAAUUGGAGAGUUGAACACCAGAUUGACAGAUGACAUUAACACCAUCAAUGACGGACUGGGAGACAAGAUUUGUGUGUUUGUUCAGUUCUUCUGCACGUUUUUGUCUGGCUUCAUUAUUGGAUUGAUAUUUGGUUGGAAGCUGACUUUAGUCAUCUUGGCAGUUAGUCCUCUACUGGCGGGGUCUGCUGCGGUGUGGUCCAAAAUUCUUGCAAGUCUGACAAGUAAGGAACUGUCAGCUUAUGCCAAGGCUGGAGCUGUGGCUGAGGAGAUCCUGGUGGCCAUCAGCACUGUUGUAGCAUUCAAUGGACAACAGAAAGCUGUAGAAAGAUAUGAGAGGAACUUAGAGGAUGCCAAAAACUUUGGGGUGAAGAAGGCCAUCAGCACCAAUGUGUCCAUGGGUCUGACCCAGUUCGUCAUAUUUGCGACCUACGCCUUGGCCUUCUGGUAUGGAACCAAGCUCUCCAUCGACGAGCCAGAGAACUACUCCAUUGGACGAGUCAUCACAGUUUUCUUUUCUGUGAUGAUUGGAGCCUUCUCUCUGGGCCAAGGAGCUCCUAACCUUGAGAGUAUUGCUAAGGCCCGUGGUGCAGCCUAUGAGGUCUACAAGACUAUUGAUAUGCCUCAUCCCAUAGAUAGUAGUUCUAUGGAAGGACACAAGCCAGAAGCUGUGAGAGGAGACAUUGAGUUUAAGGACAUCCAUUUCAGCUACCCAUCCAGAAAGGACAUCAAAAUUCUACAGGGCCUGAGUCUGAAGAUUCCUCAUGGAAAGACCAUUGCCCUGGUUGGAGCCAGUGGCUGUGGCAAAAGCACCACCAUUCAGCUCCUGCAACGCUUCUAUGAUCCAGAAGCUGGACUGGUGACACUCGACGGACAUGACAUCCGCUCACUCAACGUGAAGUGGCUGCGGGAGAACAUGGGCAUCGUCAGUCAGGAGCCGGUGCUGUUUGCCACAACUAUUGCUGAAAACAUCCGUUAUGGCCGAGAGGAGGCUACUGAUGAGGACAUCGAGCGAGCUGCGAGGGAGGCCAACGCCUAUGACUUCAUCUCCAAGCUGCCAGAUAAACUGAAUACCUUGGUUGGGGAAAGGGGAGCACAGCUGAGUGGUGGCCAAAAACAGAGAAUUGCCAUUGCCCGUGCACUGGUGAAAAACCCCAAGAUCCUGCUGCUGGAUGAGGCUACGUCAGCACUCGACACUCAGAGUGAGUCCAUCGUGCAGGCAGCGCUGGACAGGGCAAGAGCUGGCCGCACUACCAUAAUAAUUGCUCACCGCCUGUCCACCAUCCGCACAGCCGACAUGAUUGCUGGCUUCAGCAAUGGAGCAAUAGUGGAGCUCGGGGACCACAAGGAGCUGAUGGCCAAGAAAGGAGUCUACUACUCCCUUGUUACGCAACAGUCUUCUGGGAGGCCAGAGGAGGAUCAUGAUGAAGACGAAGAUGAAGAUGGAAAUGGGGAUUCAUCUGAUGCAGAAACUCUGGAGUACUCCUCAGACACGGAGAAGAAGAAUGACCCAGAUAUUCUGGAUCAGGUAACCAUUGACAACAGUGGACAACUCCCUGACAACUCCCUUAAGAGCCCCACUGGAUUGCCAAUGGAACAGACGGAAAUCAAAUCACAGAAGAGGAAGUCAAAGAAAACGGGGAAAAAGGAGAAAGAGAAAGUGGCAGAUAUCCCGUUCAAAAGAAUUCUGGCCCUAAACAAGCCUGAGUGGCCUUACCUUGUGGUCGGGCUUCUGGCCAGCUUUGUGGGGGGAGCGGUCUAUCCCUGUGUAGCCAUCCUCUUUGCCAAGAUCAUUGGUGUUUUUGCUGAAAUUGAUCCUGAGGUGAAACGAGAGAAAACUGUAAUGUUCUCUCUUCUCUUCCUUCUGGUUGGUGGGGUUGCAUUCGUCACUUAUUUUUUUCAGGGUUUCAUGUUUGGUAAAUCUGGUGAACUUCUGACCAUGAGGCUUCGGAGUCAAACCUUCAGUGCGAUGAUGAGACAGGAAAUGGCUUGGUUUGAUGACACAAACAAUGCAGUGGGGGUUUUGACCACCAAGCUGGCUACGGAUGCCUCUCUGGUGAAAGGGGCUGCAGGUUCUAGAUUAGGUUUGGCCACCAACACUGUGUGUUCUCUCGGUAUCGCUAUCAUCGUGGCCUUCAUCCACAGUUGGCAGCUGACUCUCCUCAUUCUCGCCUGUGUGCCCUUCCUGACGGGGGCCAAUUUCAUCCAGAUGAGAGCCAUGGCAGGCCAUACCUCCAAAGAUCAGAAAUCCCUAGAGAUGGCAGGGAAGAUCUCCACGGAGACGGUUGAAAACUUCAGGACUGUCGUUACACUAACGAGAGAGGACAUGUUCUUCUCCAAAUUCGCUAACAGCUUGGUUGAACCUUAUCGCUCCAGCUUGGUAAAAGCUCCCAUUUAUGGGAUCACAUUUGCCAUUGCUCAGGCAAUACCCUACCUGGUCAAUGCUGCAAUCUUCCGUUUUGGAGCUUGGCUUAUCUCUAACUGUUACACAGAAUAUGAAAAUGUUUUUCUUGUUUUUUCUGUGAUUGUAUUUGCUGCGAUGAACAUUGGGCAGUCGUCCUCCUUAGCCCCAGAUUUUGCUAAAGCCAAAGCGGCUGCUCAACGAAUCCUCAGUCUCCUGGAGAAGAAGCCAGAGAUUGAUAUUUACUCCCAGGAGGGAGAGAAACCAGUGAACCUUUGUGGAGAGAUUAUGUUCCAAGGGGUUGGGUUUUGUUACCCAACACGGAAGAAUGUGCAGGUCCUGCAGGGUCUGGAUGUGAGUGUGAAGCCUGGUCAGACUCUGGCGUUGGUGGGGGGCAGCGGCUGUGGAAAGAGCACCACGGUGCAGCUGCUUGAACGCUUCUACGAUCCGGCGGCGGGACAAGUGUUUUUAGAUGGGGCUGACACCAAGAGCCUGAAUCUGGCCUGGCUGCGCUCUCAGCUGGGCCUGGUGUCCCAGGAGCCCAUCCUGUUUGACUGCAGCAUCGCUGAGAACAUCCAGUAUGGAGACAACAGCCGCACCGUCUCCCAGCAGGAGAUUGAGGAGGCAGCCAAAAGUGCCAAUAUCCAUGAUUUCAUCCUCGGUUUACCUGAGAAAUACAACACACGUGUGGGAGACAAAGGCACGCAAUUGUCUGGAGGUCAGAAGCAGAGGAUUGCCAUUGCUCGGGCCCUCGUCCGACAACCCAAAGUGUUGCUACUGGAUGAGGCCACAUCUGCCCUGGACACAGAGAGUGAGAGGAUCGUUCAACAAGCACUUGAUGACGCCCGACAGGGCCGCACCUGUAUCGUCAUCGCCCACCGCCUGUCCACCAUCCAGAAUGCGGACCUUAUUGCUGUCAUUCAGAACGGCAGGGUGUCUGAGAAAGGCACACAUAGUGAGCUCAUGGCCAAACAGGGGGCCUACUUUGCCCUGGUCAAUGCACAGGUCUCAGUAUGAACAGUGUGUGGAGAAGUAUUUGAGGUUAUAUCUGUUUUUUUUUUUUACUAUUUUAUAUGUUAUUUGUUAUAAUGUGAGGGCAAAUGUUAGAUGACACGUAUCACAGCAGUCACAUAAAGGUGAGGGCUGUAAUCUGAUACAGGCACAGAAAACUGUUCACUAAAGUACUCCGUUCAGACUUGCAGGCAAGACUAUAGAAACUUGCUACUGAUUACUGGUUCAAUGGUUUCAUCUUAGGGGUUUUCUUUGUUUUGAAAAUGUACAGCCAAUAUC